CGCUCGCUGAUGAUCGCUCCCUGCAAGACUUUGGCCAAGCAAAAAGGGACAUCUACGGCCGCUCCUCUGGCGGGGCCGGUCGAGCAAGGGUCCGCUCCCCUGGGUCAGUUGUUGAUCCGGACGCCGUGCCGCGAGAUGAUCCCCCGCCAGGAGCGUCCGCCUUCCCUGCCUCCCGUUAGUGCGGGCCUCGGGGAAACAAGGGAUGGCUCUCCCGAGUCCGCGGCCGGUAGUGAAGCUUCCCCGAUGGCCGGGACAGUGGAGGCAAAGCACGCCGUGCUCCCGCCUCCUGAUGAUGUUAUCAAUCUCGACUCGCCCGAGGACCGGGAUACCGGGGCGUUCGUAGAGAUCCUGACCUCCAACGCGGACGUAGUGCUCCCGAACGCAGAAGUGAGGGCGGCCGAAGAGGAGAGAGGCCCCUCCGCCGAGGAAGUCGUGAUGACGGGUUCCGAUGACGCCCGGCCCAAGUCCGGGGCAGGUGACGCCCCGGAGACCGAUGUCAAUGCCGCGGACUCGACCCUCGUAACAGGCUCCAAGCUUCCCCUGGACUCUGCUGCUCCGCCCUCCAAUUCUCAAGCUGGUGCCUCGCCUGCUUCAGAUGUCUCCGCUUCAUCCCCUGCUUGGGAGACAGGCGCGACAUCCAAAGAUGAUGCCACCCUGUCGCUCACAGGUCCCGUGUCAAUGGAGGCGGGGCCAUUGACAACGACCACGCCGGCCUUGACUCCUUCAGCGAUGGCGGCGGCCGCUACCAAUGUGGGGGCCCAGACUUCAAGGGCCGUGAAGGCGACGGCGGGGUCCAGUGCGUCCAUAGCAAGUAGCGAGGAGGUCCUCAAUCGGUUCACGGCCGAAGUGAUAGCGCAAGGAGGGGAGGGCGUGAGUUUCGACCCUACCACGCAGAACUUCACGCGUCGGGAGCUUGAUUUUGGAUGGCUUCGCAAAGUGGUGAUUGAUGUGGUCACAGUAAUGCACGGCCUCUUGGGCCCGUUGGUCGUGGAGAUGGAGCUUUGGGACGAAGAGCGUCUGGCUCUGUGGGUGCAAGGUCAAACGCUCUUGGAGGCGCGCCAGACCAUGGAGGAGGAGCUAGCUUCGCUUCGCCGAUCCCUCGAAGACGAGCGCGUGGCCAGGGCGGCGGAUCACAAUGAGGCCUACCGGGUGCUGAUUGAAAAGCUCGCCCGGUCCUCUUCCGUCGCUUCAGAGCUCGAGCAGCUUCAAAAGGAGCGCGACGAGCUACGUGUCGGGUUUGAGGCGGUGGAGCAGGCUCGUGAGGCCGCGGUCCAGGGGCGCAACUCAGCCAUCCAGGAACAUGACGCUGCAAUCCAGGAGCGUGAUGUCGCAAUGCAGGAGCACGACGCGGAGACCCAAAGGCGCAACAUCGCGCUAUCAACUACGGAGGAGGCGUUGGAGGGGGAGAAGACCACAAUCUCGAGCUCGCAGAACGCCCACAAUGAGUCCAAGGAUCUGCGCCAGGAGCUCACUCGCGUCGACAGCCAGAGGAAAGAGGUGGAAGCGGCAGUGGCUUCGUUGACUGUCGAUGUUGCUACCCAUCGCGCCACGCAGCAGAGAUUGGAGGGAACCGUCGUGCGACUCCAGGACGAGGCAGCCACAGCCGCAAACUCCCUGCGUCGAGAGACAGAGUCAAAGUUGCUGGAGAUGAAGGAAGCGCUUGAACUCCAAGUGACUGUUUGCGACAACCUUCGCCUUGUGGUGGGGCUCAUGUUGGACGACCUCGGCGUAGAGGCCGCCGCUGCACCGGGUCAGUUCAUUAGCCAGCUCCUCGAGGGCGUGGAUGGACUAAAGCAGGUGGUCCAGGCCACUCGUCAAGAGGUCGAGGUUGCAGGCUUGGCGGCGAGGGACGCUGUGUACACUGGGGUGCACCACGCCUUCGCUGUUGCGCGCAGCCAUUAUGUCAACAUCGACCUGGAGGAGCUGAGCAAGGGGUACCCGGGGGACUAUGCUGACGCCGAAUUGGAUGCCUUCGAGGAGGAAACCGCCUCAUUCACCCAGAACCUGGCUGACAAGAUGCUGGAGGAUGACGAGGAUUAGUAGUUGGGUCAUCUUGGAACGGGUUGUAUCUUAUCGUUAUUGGAAACUUCUGUCUUGUGGAUAUUUUGAAUGAUUUGCUUCACACUUUGUAAUAUGAUUUCGAAAGGGUUUUUUCGAUAA